ACUGUUGCAAAGGAGUGGCAUAACAUUCAAACUUUAUUGUCGAGCUUUGUGAACAGUUAAAGAAAAUCAAUAUGAUAAAGGCAAAGAAAUAUGACUGGAAGGAUUCUAACAUGGCCUUGUUUGGCUCAGAUACAGAAAAAAAGGUCAAGAAGGAAUCUGCUGAAACGGAGCCAGCCUGGAAAGGAGCUGGGGAGAAAGUUGGACUACAAAUUUGGAGAAUUGUUAAAUUCAAGGUGACGGAUUGGGAGAAAGAGCAAUAUGGCGAAUUCUACAAUGGAGAUUCGUACAUCAUUUUAAAUACAUACAAAGAACCAGAAGGUGAUGAAUUAAAAUAUGAUGUUCAUUUUUGGAUUGGGAAACAUUCCACGCAAGAUGAGUAUGGUACUGCUGCAUACAAAACUGUUGAGUUGGAUACGUUGUUGGAUGAUAAACCUAUCCAACAUCGUGAAGUGCAAGGACAUGAAUCCAAACUUUUUAAAUCUUACUUUGAUACUUUAACAUUAUUGAAAGGUGGAGCGGAAACUGGUUUUCGAAGGGUGCUUCCUGAAGGUUACACCACCAGAUUAUUUCACGUAAAGAAAACAGGACGAGGAAAAAUUUAUUCUACCGAAAUUUCUGCAAAGAAAGGAAACUUAAAAUCUGGAGAUGUUUUUAUCAUUGACACCGGUAGUAUCAUAUACCAGUAUAAUGGUGCUGAUUGCACCCAUGAUGAAAAGUACAAAGCUUCGCAAGAGUGUGCUCGUCUAAAGUCUUCACGACAAACAGCAGCUAAGGUUGAGGUUGUGGAAGAAAAAACAGCAUCACCUGAGCACCCCGCCCUUUUAGCUCUAAAAGAUGGAGAAAGCAAAGCAAAACCUGAUGUCAAAGGUAAAAGGGAAAUGUUUAGAGUCAGUGAUGCAGAUGGCAGUCUUGAUUUAGAUCCAGUUGAUGGAUAUUCAAAGAAUCUUUUGACAUCUGAUGAUGUGUACGUGAUCAACUCUGGUGAACAUUGUUACUGUUGGGUUGGUAAAGGAGCAAGUGUUGACGAACGGAGAAAUGGUUUAUCAUAUGCCUCAAAUUAUUUGAACAAGACUGAAACGCCUUGGCUUCCAAUAACUGUGGUAGCAGAGGGAAGUGAGACUGCUGAUUUCCACGCUGCUUUUUAAGUGUUUGACAACUGCGUUCUUUAUACUGCAGUUUAAGUAUCGUAUGCAUAUAAAGAUAAAGGAAGACACUACUUUCUAUUAGAAACAAAUUUGUAUAUUUAUAUAUGUAAAUAAUACCAAUAGCACAAA